AUGUCAUCACGGGACAAGAAACCUGCGAAACCGUCCACCAGCAGAGCCGGCGGCAUCCGCACGCUGUCCGAUCUCAAUCGACGGUCGGGUCCCGACUCCGAUAGCGAUGAAGAAGGUCCUCAGGAGUACUACACCGGUGGCGAGAAGAGUGGUAUGCUUGUCCAAGAUCCCCAGAAAGUUAAUGAUGUAGAUUCAAUCUUCAAUCAAGCUCGGCAGUUGGGAGCGGUAGAAGGGCCUGUCGAUCAUCUCCGCCCCGGCUCUAGCUCAACGAGCUUUGCUGGAACUGGUAGAUUACUUUCUGGGGAAGUUGUGCAAUCGACUCCACAGCAGCCUGAGGCUGUUGUUCAUAACAUCAUCUUCUGGAGCAAUGGAUUUACUGUGAAUGAUGGCCCUCUACGGAGGUUGGAUGAUCCCGAAAAUGCACCUUUCUUGGAGAGCAUUACCAAAUCUGAGUGUCCAAAGGAGCUUGAGCCAGCAGAUAGGAGGUCCUCUGUUCAUGUAAAUCUGAUUAAAAGGGAUGAGAAGUGUCCGGAACCAGAGAAACAGCGGCAUGUUGCAUUUCAAGGUGUAGGCAGAACUUUAGGUGGGAGCGUAGCAACUCCAGUGUCGACGGAACCUGUGGUUGGUUCAUCCACCCAUCUCAAUGUUGUUCCAACCCCCUCAACUGGCGUGGUUGUAGAUGAGACAUUACCUUCAACUUCAGUUCAGCUUAGAAUGGCUGAUGGAACCCGCAUGAUUGCCAACUUCAAUUACCAUCACACUGUGAAUGACAUACGAGCGUUUAUUGACGCAUCUAGGCCCGGGGGAGCACGGAAUUAUCAGCUACAGAUGAUGGGAUUCCCUCCAAAGCUUCUUAGCGAUCCAACUCAGACAAUAGAGCAGGCCGGCCUUGCAAAUUCAGUUGUAAUGCAGAAAUUUUAA